GUCACAUCUAUAUAUCAUCACCUUCUCUCACCUUCCUUACCUUCUUUCCCUCAAGCUAACGACAUAACGGAACUGGCUGCUGCAUUCACUUUCACCUCUCUACCAAGGACCACUUGUUUCUCUCUUUGCUUUUUUCAUUUCAUGACACAUCCUUCUCUUCCAUAUCAAUCAAUCCCCACCUUCUAUUCUUCUUCUUCUUCUUGUUCUUCUUCUCAUGGCUUGUUUAAACGAUCAGAGCUGGGCUCCUUCUCUUCCUGAAAUGGUAUUCGUACGCUUAUCUUUCAAAGAGGAUAUAGAAAAUGGAGAACCAGAUACCAAUUCUACACCUUUCCCAUUUGAGAAGGUCUUUCCCGUUUAUGCAAUGGGGUUUUCCAAGCCCGACUCCGACCCUGUUGUAUUGGCUUCUGCCGAAUCGGCUGACCCGAUUUGGGACGCUGUGAGAGAAGAGGCCAAGUUGGAGGCAGAAAAAGAACCAAUUCUAAGUAGCUUCUUGUACGCCAGUAUCUUGUCCCACGAUUGCUUAGAGCAAGCAUUGGCAUUUGUUCUUGCAAAUCGGCUUCAAAAUCCUACUCUCUUGGCAACUCAAUUAUUAGAUACAAUUUCUUAUGUAAUGAUGCAUGAUAGAGGUAUUCAGCAUUCAAUUCGAUUAGAUGUGCAGGCAUUCAAAGAUCGGGAUCCUGCUUGUUUAUCAUAUUGUUCAGCUUUACUGUAUCUUAAGGGUUACCAUUCUCUGCAAUCCUAUCGAGUAGCACAUGUUUUGUGGAACCAAGGGCGAAAAGUAUUGGCCUUGGCAUUACAGAGUCGAAUUAGUGAGGUUUUUGGAGUUGACAUACAUCCAGCUGCCAAAAUUGGAGAGGGCAUAUUAUUGGAUCAUGGGACUGGUGUGGUUAUUGGUGAAACUGCUGUUGUAGGAAACAGGGUAUCGAUGAUGCAUGGUGUUACUUUAGGAGGGACUGGCAAAGAAGUAGGUAAUCGCCAUCCAAAAGUAGGUGAUGGUGCACUUAUUGGAGCAUGUUCAACAAUACUUGGGAAUAUAAAAAUAGGUGAAGGGGCUAUGAUAGCUGCUGGUUCUCUUGUAUUAAAGAAUGUUGAUCCACACAGCAUGGUGGCAGGAACACCUGCAAAGGUCAUAGGGUAUGUAGAUGAGAAAGAUCCAUCCCUCACAAUGAAGCAUGAUGCUUCAAAAGAAAUCUUUGAACAUCUAGCUAUUACUUUUAGAGAGAGAAAUUCCUGUGCGGCUCUGGAUCAGGGGAAAAAUGAUGAAGAGACUUAAGAGACCUCUGGCAGUGCAAGUUCUCUAGUGGGGAUGUUAUUUUACAAAAUAACUGAAGAUAAAUUCAUGAUAGUUGUAAUGGGUGAUCUCUUGUAGUAGCAGUAGUGAAAUAUAAGCUGAGAUGUUGGGGCUCAAAUUUUUGCCCACUGUUCAGGAUGAAGAACCUGGGUUUUGUGUCCUGUUUCCGUUGACUCGGGAGUGAGCAGAUUUCUGUUUAAACCGAAAAACCGAACUGAGUCAAUUCAGUUUAAUCGGUUCAGUUUUAAAAUUCAAUCGGGUCGGUUCGGUUUAUAAAUUUGAUAAUUUUGAUUAA